CUCCUUCCCUCUCCUCGCUGUGCCAGCAGCUUCUGUCUCCCUCUCUCUCUCUCCCCCCUCGACUUGGAGCCCAGUUACUUCUGCGGCCGCCUGGCACGACGACACCGCCGUCGCCACCUCCUCCCUGGGCAGCAGCGGCGGCGGCAGCAGCUGCGGAGAUGCACCUGUACCCACCCCUGGCUCUCCUUGCGCCCAGGUGCUGGGAGUAGGAUGGCACCGAGAGAGAAGCGAGAGGCUGCGCCGGGCACCAGGCUGAUCUGAGCCAUGCCCAGGUGCAGGGGCAAUGCCCAGUUCCUGAGUGGCGGCUGCCCGUCGGCUGGGCAUUUUGUCUGAGUGGCAAAUCCUGGAGGAGGGGCGGGGGGGGGGCGGGAAUCCUGGACGACCUCCUUCCCCAAUUGACUGGAGAGCAGCCCCAGAAGCUGCCGCCGAGCCAGCAAACUUUGGAGAAAAGUCUCCAAGAGGAGCCCGAGGCGGGCGCGUGUGCCCCCUUGCCCGGCAGGAGCAGCGGCAGCGGCAGCCUUGGCACCACCAUGAACGCCCCCUGCGGUGCCCUUCAGCUCUUCUUGGCUACCACCUUGCAGCUGCACUACUGCGCCGCCACGACGGUAGGUGGGCACAGGACGUUGGGGGGGGGGCGCACGGAGAGCGUGGCUGGGAGGUGGCACCCAAAAGCCCCUGGCAUUGAGAAAGAAGCGGGGUGAGAGGAGAGAGAUGGCAAGCAAGUUUGGGGUUUUUUUUGGUUUGUUUCGUUUUUUUAAAUAACUCCGCAGAGGCAUGGGGUAGCGAGCUGACACAAAUGGGUGCUGGCAGAGAAGGGUGGGUGGGUUUCAGAUGGGCAUCCAAUGCGGAGGAAGACAGAGAGGGGUGUCAGAAGGGGGUGAGGUUAUGGGGUGCUGUCAGGAUUGCAGGCAGGGGCGAGGCUUUUCUUGAAGGGGGCGCGGGGAGAAGUUCAUAGCCCAAACUGGUGUGCCCAGAUGGUAUAGGACAUAGGAGCCAACUACUAGGGGCCGAGGUCCCUUUGCCACCCCCCCAAUAAAAUACCAGAGGGGGUGCCCCCAGUUGGCAUUGCCAUUCAAAUAGUGUGUGUGCACUGUGUCACGUGAUCGAGUAUGCGUUGAUUGUCAAAGCUGUGGUGCUGGUUGGACUGUUAAGUUUUUUGGCAUUUCUAUCUCUCUCUCUCCCCCCCCCCCACUUUUUCCCGUUUCACUCAAAUCCUGAUGCUUUGCUUUGGGUGCCCCACUCGAACUGUGUACAAAUUCAAAGUGCAUCCCCCCCCCCAAAAAACCCUCUGGGAACUGUAGUUUAGUCCUCGUAGAGUUACAGUUCCCAGUACCCUUAAAUAACAGUAGAUAGAUAGAUAGAUAGAUAGAUAGAUAGAUAGAUAGAUAGAUAGAUAGCGGGGAGAAUAUGCUUUAAAUGCAUGGUUUGCAUGCAGUCAGUGAGCAUUCCCUCAUGGGACACAGCUGUGAAAGAGACAGCAAGUGGGUCUAUGUAAGGACUUUGCUUGCCAGAGAUUAGGGGCCCCUUCAUGUCCUUUACCACACAUCUUGUGUUAACUGUGGUUUGGGGAGGGAAGGCGGUAAAGAGGGACAAAUGCUCAGAGGCUCUUUGCUUCGCAGGGGUUUCCAAGAUUCAGCCUUAGUUAUUAAAAAUCAAAAACGGAUCACGGAGCUAAACCUUGGGACACAUAAACAAUCCUUUCACAUUAGCCAGUCACAGAGGUAAAAAUCCCCAAAAGAUUUCCCUCCAGCUGUGUCUAAAUGAUAGCCAGAGAGAAUAUUAGGAUUUCGGCUGCCGUCCUUUGCAACGCUUACCUUGGAGUAACAGUAAGCUCAGUGGGACUCACUUCUGAGUAAAGUUCUUUAGGAUUGCACUGUUAGCUUUUUCUUAAAAAAAACCCAAAAGCCAGCAAUAACCCACCUUGGACCUUAUUCAUAAUUUGCAUGCCACUUUUAAAGGCAGGAUUUGCAAAAUAAAUGUAAAUAAUAAUGAAGGUUACGAACUAGAUAACACCUGUAUUGCAUUUUCAAAUGUUCAAAGCAUUGCACAUGGAAGGAUCCUUACAGCAAAAUUACAAACCACUGCUCUCCCCCACACACCUCAUGCUACAGAGAAGGGCAUUUCGUGGGUCAAAGCUUAGAAACAGAGUCACCGUGCACCAAUCAGCCGAUAGACAAACUUGGCUACUUGGAUCUUGGCUAUUCAAGAGUUGCGGGUUCUUGCCACAUGGCUUCUGACAAAUAAAUUCCCUCUCUCCCUCCCUGGCAUGGCCCCAUGUGCGCUCGCAUUUUCUGCCCUCCAUAUGGGUAAUUUAACGAUGCACGUGUCCACCCACCGAUCAGGCUGUCAUCCUACGCGGAACUUCUGUAAAAGUGCCCCACACAUUUAAAGCACAUGGCUUCCCCCCAAAUAACCUUUGAAACUGAGGUUUACCCCUCACAGAGCUACAGUUCCCAGAACCCUUAACAAACUAUAGUUCCCAGGGUUGUCUAAGGGAAAACAUGUGCUUUUUAUGUAUGGUGUGGACGUGAACUUUGAGCUGCAUAAGACAGCGGGCAGCCACUGGUGGUGGCAGCAGCUGAGCUUUGCUCUUGUUCAAAAGCAACACAGCCACCCGAAAAGCACCCAGGAGCCUGGCAGGGAGGGUGGUGGGUGGUGGGGGAGCUGCUGAGGGACUUUUCCAGGCCCCUGGGGCCUUCAGCCAAUGCCCCACUGGCACUGGGCCUGCCCCUUUCCAGCACCAUUCUGGGAAGUGUAGUUUACCCCUCAUAGAGCUACAAAUCCAAGCACCUUUAAGCCACUACAGUUCCCAGGAUUCUUUGGGAAAUACAGUGUGAAUACAGCCAAUAGUACAUUUCUUCGUAGUGGUGCUGCUAGCGGGAUUUUUGGAUUGGUUUGUUCUUAUUUUUAUUAUAUAUAUUUUUAUUUUGUAGUUUUGUAUUGUAAAUUGCCCUGAGAUCUGUGGGUGUAUGGUGGUAUGCAAAAUAAUAAUAAUAAUAAUAAUUUGCUGUGUUUGUAUCCAAAGUUUUUUUCCUCCAAAGAACUCAAGGUGGCAUAUGUGGUUCUCCCCCUCUUCAUGUAAUUCUCACAACAACCCUGUGAGGUAGGUGAGGCUGAGAGGCUAUGACUGGCUCAAGGCCACUCAUGGCCUAGUGGGGAUUUGAACCCCUGGCCUCUCAGGUCCCAGUCCAACACCCUAACCAUUACACCACUAUGCACACACUGGGAAUUGGCUCAGUGACAGGCAUCUCUAUGAGCGGACAAUAUAAAUAUUCUAAAUAAAACCGUUUAAAAAUCCAUUUGCUCCAGGCAUCCAGGCUCAUUCUUUCCCUCAAAGGAUUAUGGGUGCUGUAGUUUGUUAAGGGUUGCUGGGAAUUGCAACUCUGUGAGGGGUGAACUACAGCACCCAGAAUUCUUUGAGGGAAAGAGUGUGCUUUGGGUGUGCUUUCAAUGUAUAGUAAGUACACACAGUUGUAGAUUAUAAUUCCUAUAGCACAUUUACAGCCUUCAUGUCUUCUGCCCCCCCCCCCUUGGGAUCUUUCAGUAAUAGAGAGAGAGAGAGAGAGAGAGAGAGAAAGAAAGAAAGAAAGAAAGAAAGAAAGAAAGAAAGAAAGAAAGAAAGAUCACUAUGUGUGUAUGACCUGCUUCUGGAAUUUGCUACCAUGAGAUGCACUGAUGACAGUGCCAUGGAAGGAAAGCUUAGAGAACCAAAUGGGAUUGAGGAAUAUCCUGGGAACGAACAAGGGGAACAUUGCCUGCAGGCUUCUCAUAGACAAUGGUUGGCCACUGUGAGAACAGGAUGCUGGCCUCCAUCGGCCUUUUUGCCUCAUCCAGCAUCAGGGCUCUUAUAAUACUCUUGCUGGCAGAGGGCUGCUCCUUCACACCACAUGACAUAAUUCACUUGUGGAACUCACUGCCACAGGAUGCGGUGGUGGUUGCCUUAAAGACGGCCUUAAAAGGGAGGACUGGACAAAUUUGUGGAGGUGGUUGUUCAGCCAUGACAUGUAAACAGAACCUCCAUGUUCAGAGGCAAUCUACCUCUUGGGCAGGCACAUUUGGGAUCCUGAGGAAAUGCCAUUAGCGCCAGUCGCAAAAUGGCUGCCUUGUUUGUGUGUAUGUGUGGCAUAGCUCAAAAAAGCUGCUACGUGUCACAGAGUGGUGGUGGGGGGGAGAGAGGGGACCAUAAAAUGGUGCAGACAUGUCCCCCACAACAGCGCAUGUUUUUAAGCGCCAGAGUUGUGUGCUGGCUGUGGUCUGUCCCCACCAACAGACUCUAGUGGGAGUGUUUUGCAGGAGCUGCAGUCUCUGGACCAAGCUCCAUGCAGGGCGCAUGGCAGUGAUCAAGCCCAGAGGUUGCCAGUGCAUGGAUCCCUGUGGCCCAGAUAGCUUGAAGCAGACUCCUCAAAGUGUCUUCCCUAUUUCUGAUCCGCUGCUGUUUCUGAUCUAUCUGCAGAUUCUGCCGCAUCCAACUAAUGAGAUGGAACCAGUUGUGGAGCCAGUUACAGAAGGUAAGAGCCACAGAGUUUGAGGACAGUGGUUUUGAGAGUGGGGGUGCAUAUCACUCCUGGACGGAGAGAGAGGGACUGUUAGAAAAAACACCCCAAAACACAUCUUCCUUCAGCCCCAGAUUUUGAGCUCACAUGUCUAGGACUGCGAAGACCUGGGUUCAAAUGCAGCCCAUUGGGGGACCUGAUCUUGGGUUGGUGAAUCUCUUUCACAGCCUGGCCCUACCUCACAGGACUGUUGUGACGAUAAAAUGAAAGGGAAGAGUAGGUUAAAUCUGCCCAUUUUGGGUUCUCUCGGUUUCUCAUUUUUCCCCAGUUGUAAGUUCAGAUCUCUACAUUUCCACACCAGUCUGCAAUUAAAAAGAAAUAUCCCCAUGAAAAUUUAUCGGCAUUUUAGGGUGGAUUUCUCCAAACAUGCCCAGGUUUGUUUGCAGUUUCCCUUAAUAUACACAUUUUCCCUCACUGAAUGGGGAAAGAAACUAAUUAGCAGGACAGGAUAUUGAACCUAACUAUUGUCGGACAAGGAUGGUGGUUGAGGAGUAGAAGACUCCUUCCAUCCCCUUCCUGUCCGAUUCUCAGUAAACUUGCUAUCCUUCCGCUUUGCUCACAGCUCAUGCCUCAUUAACACCACUCUCAAAUUUUUAGACUUCUUAACCAGGGCUCUGGUUUAUUUUUAUUCCUGCUGAUGGUUUACAGCACCAUGCCCAUCGAUAAUUAUGUGUGAGCUUUAUUAGCUAUUUCUUCCAUUUGUAUCACACUCCAAGGGGCUCUCUCUGGGAGUGGGGAAGAAAUUUGGCUCGGUUUGCACUGAAAGCCUGAACUAACAAACUCCAACAUUCUGAAAUGAUACACAAACCAAAACAGCUGCCCUUCGAAAUUCCUAAUUUUGCAAUGCCAUUCUCUAGCCAAUGUGUCUAGAAAUGUAUAUACUACUAGAAAGAGUGUCUAAAAAUGCAUAUAUUCCUGAAAAUGACGGACAGAAAUGGAUUAUGUCAGGGGAAAUUGCUUUGCCAAAUGAUGCGCAUGUCAGGCAAAGUUGAGUACCAAGAUGUCACCUCACCUCAAAAAGGAUAUCUUACAGUUGGAAAAGUUUCCAAAAAGCUCAACCUAAAAUUGUCAAGGGGAUGGAGCAGGGGUCAGCAACCUUUUUCAGCCGUGGGCCAGUCCACUGUCCCUCAGACCUUGUGGGGGGGGGCUGGACUAUAUUUUAGGGGGGGGGAAUGAACGAAUUCCUAUGCCCCACAAAUAACCCAGAGAUGCAUUUUAAAUAAAAGCACACAUUCUACUCAUGUAAAAACACGCUGAUUCCUGGACCAUCUGUGGGCCGGAUUUAGAAGGCGAUUGGGCCGCAUCCGGCCCCCGGGCCUUAGGCUGCCAUGGGAUGGAGCGACAACCGCUGUGAGGAAAGGUUCCAGCUUUGGGACUUUUUGGCUUAGUAAAAAUCUCAACAACAGCUGACACGACAGAAGUUUAUAGAAUUAUGCAUGGUGUUUAGAAAGUAUAUAUAUAGAGAUUUUUUUUCUCCCUCUUUAUAACACUUUAUAACACUUAUUGAUAUCCAAUGAAGGUGAAUGUUGGAGGAAUCAGGAGAGCUUUAUAUAUAAAAAAGUACUUCUUCACUCAGCACACAGUUAAGCUGUGGAACUCCCUCCCACUGCAAGCAGUGACAGCCACCAUCCUACAUGGCUUUGAAAGAGGAUUAGACAAAUUCAUGGGGGAGAGGGCUAUCUGUGCCUCCUAGCCAUGAUGAUCAUGCUCUGCCCUCACACCUGGAGGUAGUUAAGCUCCUGAUUUCCCCCUUGCUGAAAAACACAAGAGGGCAGAGAGUUCUUGUGCCUGAAUCUUGCAUGAGGUGGGUUCCCCACUGGCAUCUGGUUGGCUACUGUGAGAACAGGAUGCUCUCACAGUAGCCACUAGCCUGAUCCAGCAGGCUCUUCUUAUGUAUAGGGAAAGGUAAAGGGACCCCUGACCAUUAGGUCCAGUCGUGGCCGACUCUGGGGUUGCAGUGCUCAUCUCGCUUUAUUGGCCGAGGGAGCCGGCGUACAGCUUCCGGGUCAGGUGGCCAGCAUGACUAAGCCGCUUCUGGCGAACCAGAGCAGUACACGAAAACGCCAUUUACCUUCCCGCCGGAGCGGUACCUAUUUAUCUACUUGCACUUUGACGUGCUUUCAAACUGCUAGGUUGGCAGGAGCAGGGACCGAGCAACGGGAGCUCACCCCGUUGUGGGGAUUCGAACCGCCAACCUUCUGAUUGGCAAGUCCUAGGCUCUGUGGUUUAACCCACAGCGCCACCCGCGUCCCUCUUCUUAUGUAUAUAUUGGGAUAAAUACACACUAAUGCUGACAAAAAAUGACAAGCACUUUAAAAACAAAGAACAACACCCAAUUGCAAAUGCGGAAAUGGGGAGAACUGAAUUUAAGCCAGGAAAAAUGAGAAACGGAGAUUGGGAUUUGCCCACCCCUGGUCAGAGCCACCAAAUUAAAUGUUUAAAUCUGUUUGAAAUGGAUACCUCCUCCUCCAUCCCUCCUCAGAGAUCGUCCUCUGACAAUGCUUUUAACCCCUUCUUCUUCUUUUAGUGGUGAGGUUCCUGGAGGUGUUCAGCCGCAGUGCCUGCCAAGCCAAGGAGACAAUGGUAUCUCUGGACAAGGAGUACCCGGACUUAGUCAUCAGCCACCUCAUUGUGCCCUCCUGCGUGGCUCUAAAGCGCUGUGUGGGCUGCUGCGCUGAUGAAUCGGCACAGUGUAUGCCGUCCCGGACGUAUACAGUGACCAUGGAGGUAAUGACCUGGGGCAAGAAUAGGGGAAAUCCCCUCAGUAAGGCCAGGACAGGGAACCUUUUGCCCUCCAGAGUGGUGGUGGCAGCAGCCGACAGCUAUGUUCUCCCUGUGGAGGCAGGAUGCCUCCAUAUUCAUGUGGGGAGAGUUGCUCUCAGAGACAGCCGUUGUGGGUUUCUCAGAGACAUCUGGUUGGCCACUGUUGGCCACUGGCCUGAUCCAGCAAAGCUCUUCUUAUAUUCUCGGUGGGGGCAGAUUGAGGCAGGUGGGCAGUGCCCCUUUCAUCCUAAAGGGCUAGCCUUCAUGGCUCAGGAUAUUUCCAGGACACCUAGCACCCUUCAAGAAGAGGGAAGGAUCCUGCAAAGUUGAUAGGCCAGUUCUUGGUUACAUGUGAGGUUAACUUGCCCCCACCUGCAAAAAUGAAAAAGUAAAUAAGUGAACCACAGCCACAAAAUCUGGUUUUGUUUUUCCCCCCAGAAUAUUUGCUCUGGUUUGUUCUCAAUAUAAUUAUAAAAAUAAAAAGCUUCACAAUAUUUUUAGACAUAUCGGCCACAUUCAUACCACAAGCGGAAAGCACUUGCAGAGUUACAGUUCCCAGAUUGGUUUAACAACCAAUCCCUCUCCACAGAGAGCUCUGGAAAAUGUAGCCCUGCAAGGUGAGUAAAAAUAUCUUAACAGGUUAUAUACACAUAUACUGUCCUUUGAUUAGUUAGUUAUUCAGCUACCUGGUUAUUUUUAUUUUAUAAGGUGGGAGCUCUUUUUUUUAGGCCCCUAAAGUCUGCAUUUUGCAGAGUGAGGAACCUCUGGCUUGGGGAGAAGCAGCCUCACAGGCCAAAUUUUGACCACCAUGGGGUCCAAAUUUGGCCUGUGAGGCUGCUUCUCCCCAAGCCAUGCCCACUUGCCCCACACCUGAUGGGUAAGGUAAGGUAAAGGACCCCUGGACGGUUAAGUCCAGUCCAAGCUGGCUAUGGGGUUGCAUCGCUUAUCUCACUUUCAGGCCAAGGGAGCCGGUUUUUGUCCUCAGACAGCUUUCCAGGUCAUGUGGCCAGCAUGACUAAACCGCUUCUGGUGCAACGGGACACCAUGACAAAUGCCAAAGCACACAGAAAUGCAGUUUACCUUCCCGCCACAGCGGUACCUAUUUAUCUACUCGUGCUGGUGUGCUUUCGAACUGCUAGGUUGGCUGAAGCUGGGACAGAGCAAUGGGAGUUCACCCCAUCGCACGGAUUCAAACUGCCAACCUUCUGACUGGCAAGCCCAAGAGGCUCAGUGUGGUGUAGUGGUUAAGAGCGAUAGACUCGUAAUCUGAUGAACCGGGUUCGUGUCUCUGCUCCUCCACAUGCAGCUGCUGGGUGACCUUGGGCUAGUCACACUUCUCUGAAGUCUCUCAGCCUCACUCACCUCACGGAGUGUUUGUUGUGGGGGAGGAAGGGAAAGGAGAUUGUUAGCCGCUUUGAGACUCCUUUGGGUAGUGAUAAAGCGGGAUAUCAAAUCCAAACUCCUCCUCCUCCUCUUCUUCUUCUUCGGUGGUUUAGACCACAGUGCCACCCACAUCCCAUCUGACGGGUAGAGAUGCUGGUAUGACUAAGGAUGAUGGGAGUUUGUCCAACAUCAUCUGGAGGGCCACCGGGCCUCAAUCCCUUGCCCAGAUGAAUUCUGGGUCAGAACCAUCAACACUCCUCUUAUGGUCUCCUUUUUCCUUCCUUUCUCCCAUUCUCCAGGUGUUAUUGUUGAGCAAGUUCCAACGCAGCCACUUGCAGCAGCUGACUUUUGAGGAGCACGCUACCUGUGAAUGCAGGUGAGAGUCAGAAGGGUGGGGGGCUGCUGAAGAAGAGACAGGUGAUUGGGACCAUUCCGUGAUAGUCACCAACCUGGAUGGCUUCAAAGGAGGAUUAGACAAAUUCAUGGAGGAGAAGGUUACUAGCCAGUGGCUAUGAGCCAGGAUGACUAGGUUCACCCUUCUCUUUCAGAAGCAGUAUGAUGAUCCCAAAUGCCAGUGCCAGAGAGCCUCAGGAGGGGAGAUCACUCCUGUGUUUAGGUCCUGCUUGCGGGCUCCCCAUAAGUUUCUGUGAGAACAGGAUGCUGGACUAGAUGGCCCUUUGGUCUGAUCCAGCAGCCAGACUCUUAUUAUGUUCUUAAGCCAGUUAUAAUUCUGCUCGCAGGCUUGCAGUGGAAGAGCAAUGAUUAGGUAGUGCUGGGAGCCAUCAAUGCCGAACAAGCACCAAAUACUAACCUUAUUCUUCUGCUUUUCAGACCAAAGGAAGUUUAUAGAUUGCCCACGCACAGGUAAAAAAAUUUCUCCCUCUUAUAGGCCUCUAUUGUGUGUGUGUGUGUAGGUUUUAAUUCCCCUCAAGCCCCCUGUACCAAUAUACAAACAUUACAGUCAAAACCUCCAUUUACGUUACCCUCUGGUUACGUAAACUUCGGGAUGCGUGCAUGUCAAAACCGGAAGUAUUUUACCGGAUUUCGCCGCACGGUCUGCGCAUGCGCAGAAGCAGUCCUCAGGUUCAGGAAAACUCGGGAUCCAACCGGACCUCCGGAACGGAUCCCAUCCAAAACCAGAAUUACCACUGUACUCUGAAACUUGAGAUGUACAGUGGUACCUCAGGUUCAGUACUUAAUUCAUUCUGGAGGUCCGUUCUUAACCUGAAACUGUUCUUAACUGGGGAAACCCAGCCAGAUGGGCGGGGUACAAAUAAUAAAUUAUUAUUAUUAAUUAUUAUUAUUAACCUGAAGCACCACUUUAGCUAAUGGGGCCUCCUGCUGCUGCUGCCGCGCCGCCGGAGCAUGAUUUCUGUUCUCAUCCUGAAGCAAAGUUCUUAACCUGAAGCACUAUUUCUGGGUUAGCAGAGUCUGUAACCUGAAGCGUAUGUAACCUGAAGCGUAUGUAACCCGAGGUACCACUGUAUAUUUUUACGACCCACCUUAUUUCUGUGGUUGUAGGUUUUUAACUGGUUUUUAAUAGUUUAAUUGCUGUGAUUGUUGUUACCUGCUCUUGGAAUUUAGGGUAAAAGGUGGGUAAUUAAUAAUUAUAAUAUUGUAAUAAUAAUGAUGGUGAUGAUGAUGAUGUUGGGGGAGCAUCAAUAGAGUCAUAGAAUUUUAGAGUUGCAAAGGUCGUCUAGGGUCACCUAGUCCAACUCCCUGCAUUAAAAUACAUCUUAUGGUUCUUUGGGUUGCAUCCAAUAUUAGCAGUGGUGGAGCAAGCCGAUCGGGCAUGUGCCCUGCGCCCAAGGGGCCUCCGAGGAGUCUGACUGCCUCCUCCCACUCAGCUGCCCUACAGCUGAGGGGGAGGUGGCAGGCCGACCGUUUGGGGCAGCAUGGAGAGACGCAUGGCUUGGGGACGCAGCAGGCCCCGGCAUUUUGUCACCCCCUCAGUGGUGACACCUGUGGCGGACCGCCCCCACCACAUCACCCUUGCUCCGCCCCUGAAUAUUAGUCCUACUCAGUGUAGGCCCCCUAAAUUAAUGGGCAUGAGUGACAUAGAUUAUUAAUUUCAGGGGGUCUACCCUGAAUAGAAUUUCGGCCCCAUUUGCAGUAUACGUUUAUAACAGUAUUACACCACUUUAACAUUCUGAAAGCUAUAGUCUGAUAAGGGUGCUAAAAGAUGCUAGUAACCCCCCCCCCUUCCCCUCAUUUUCUGAGUAGUUUAACAAUCAACCCCUCUUCCCUGGGAACUCUGGGAAUUGUAGUUCUGUGAGAGGAAUAGGUGUCUUCUGACAACUCUCAGCACCCUUAACAAACAAUGGACACAACCCAGAGCCAUAAGUACUUGGACCAGAUAACCUUUCAAACAGAGGACUCACUCUAGUCAUAUUCAGUUUAUUUAUCAAUCACAUUUUCUGCAAAUACAUCUGUGUUCAAAGCAGUUCGCAUAAAAGCAAUCCAAAACUGUAUUAGCCAUAACAAUAAUUCAUUUAUAUCCUGCUUAAUACAUACAAUUAAUUUCUAUAUAUACCUCUUAACACUGCUUAAUUGACAAGGUAGUACAGUGAGAAUACAUAAUAAUAUCAAUAGUGGGGGGGAAUAAAAAGAACAAUCAACGGUUCAUGUAACGUACAUCGAAAUUUAAAUGAACACAAAGCUCACCAAUAGGUAAACUUGUUUUUUAAAAAAUCCAAUAAUGUUGCAACCAAAAGUAGCCCCAAAGCUCCGAAUCGAGGAAUGUCCUUUGUAAAAAGGGGACACAUACCCUCCAUAUGCUAAAAGGCACAGGAGGGACGCUGUCUGAAAACAAUUAAAAAGAAGGGAAAUGUGGGGUGAGCUUGUAACCCCACAUAUUUGGAGGGCACUCCUCCAAGAUGUUGCUUCAUCUGGGAUUUUCCUCUCCCAACAGCCCGUCCUGCGCACCCUGUCCGGACAGGAAGAAGCGGGUCAACCCACUGACAUGUGAAUGCGUAUGCAAGCGUGAUUCCGUCCGUUGUCAGCAGCGUGGCUGGGAAUUCAACAAGGCCACUUGCAGGUGGGGUUCACCUCCCUUCCCCCCCAACCCUGAACAUCCCUCUAAUGGUGGGCUUUCAGGCUAGGGACCGCCAGUGUAGUACCUUCCAGAUACUAUUGGGCCUGAGGGAGUCUUGGGCCAAGUGCGUGCUAGUGGCACCCCCCAAUCUUUUGGUGGGCCCUGGCAGGCUUUAACGGGCAGCAGCUCCAGCCAGUAGCAACGACGUCAGAUCUGUGGCUUAGGGCCACCAUUUUAAUUGCCCACAACUCCCAGGGCAUUAUGGGAAAUGUUACCUCUUAAGGUACCUGGAUCCAAGCCAACAACUUGGCUUAUUUCAUUUCAUAGAAUCGUAGAGUUUGAAGGGACCCCAAUGGUCAUCUCGUCCAACACCCUGCAAUGCAGACAUCUCAACUAAAGUGUCCAUGACACAGCCUCUGCUUAAAAACCUCCAAUGAAGGAAAAAAUCCACAACCCACAGAGGGAGACUAUUCCACUUGUCAAACAGCUCUUGCCGUCAGAAAGUUUUUCCUGAUGUUUAGUCAGAAUCUCCUUUCUUGUAACUUGAAGCCAUUGGUUUGAGUCCUUCCCUCAAGAGCAGGAGAAAACAUACUGGCUACAUCUUCCGUGUGGAACAAGCAAGUUUUCUCCUGCUAUGGGGGUAGAACUCAAACCAACGGCUUCAAGUUUUUAAACUUUGGUUCCCCAUUAUGAAAGUCACCCUUUUCGGAAUGCAGGUGCCAGACGGAGGGGGUGGGGCUAGUUUUCUGAAUGCACCCCAGAAAACAUUUCUACCUCCUGUGACCCCUUGAAGGGACGCAAGCAGAGACGGUUACUCUGUUUGGGCAAAGGGGGCCCCUCCCCACCACCCUCAGUCUGCCCUCAGUCAAUGCCAACAAUGUCUAGGCAACACAAUGACCAUAUACAUACGUAAUAGACAAUCUUUAUAGAAUUCCUUCAAAAUAAGAUGGGUUUAUGAAGCAUUGUUUAUCCUCCCACCACGCUGACGAAGAAUUCUACGAAACAGUAGUCAAUAUCCGGAAUCACUGUUCAGUGUUGGACAUCAUAUUUGUUGAAUACACAAAGCUUCACAGCUUGUCUUUCAUCGUACAAAGUUUGGUACCUCGCUUCAUUUAAAGAUUUUCAGAGACUUUGAGACUAACGGUUUCAUUUUGAACAUUUUAUGGUUUGAAGGAAUUUUAUAAAGAUUGUCUGUUACGUAUGUAUAUGGUCAUCGUGUUGCCUAGACUGUUGACAUUCUCUUUGCAACACAGCGGUUUGUUUGAAUAUUCAGUCUAUGCCUGCAUGCCUUCUCCUUACAACUGUCAUUGCCUCGGCUCCCACCUAUUGCUGGGCUCCCUGACUUCCGCCCUGCCAGCCCCAGUGGGAGCCAGUCCCCACAGGUAUAAAGAAACCCGAGGACAUUUUUAAAGGAGGGUUUAUUCUUACUGCAGGUGUGUGAAACACCGCAGGCGAUCCGGCAGGAAAGCAAAAGCGUAGCUGCACGGGAAGCCAGGACUUGGAGGAGUUUGGAUCUCGGACCUUUCUCGGUCGGGGAUGACUUUUCUCUGGUGGGAAUGAAGCACGGGACUUGCCAAGGAGACGUCCAAUGGUCGCUGGGGAAGGAGAAGCAGUCUUCUUUAUCUACCACUGCAACACCAUACCGGAUUACCUCUCUUCACAGCGGAAGGAGGCUGUACCACACGCAAGAGCCGUACCACACUCCCAUGGAAGGCAGACUGAAGGAGCAUCUCCUCAGUGUCAGGACACUGAGAUCGGUCCCACUCAUAUUUAAAAACAACAACCGCUAAACUGGUCGUCUGUUUGUCCUGGGCCUCUCCUGGGCUGCUUCUAAUUUAUAACUGUCUCUCCUCUGAGGGAGCUUUCUUUUCUUUUCCCACCCGCCCCUCACUCGCUUUCUUCCCACGUUUUGUGGUGUGUUGGGGAGGCUUCCGGCAUCCCACCCUCUUCCAGGCUGAAGGAGAAGAGUCACAAAGAGCCGCUCUUUUAUGAGAGGGAAUAUUACUCUUAACAUAAAGAUCUGCCACUAUGACACAG